AGUCUGUUGCUUUUUCGCCGUCAAAACCCACAGGGAGAGAGGAAGCAGUGAGCGAUAAACCCUACGCGCCGCCGCCGCCGCCGCCGUCGCUUCUCCCGCCGGCGAUGGGGGGCGGACCGCGCACGUUCCCGGGCGGGCUGUCCAAGUGGCAGUACAAGCGGAUGCACGAGAAGCUGGCGCGGCAGAAGCAGCACGGCCUCCUCCGCCACGAGAAGCAGCUCUACCUCGCCCGCCUCCGUUCCGAGAUCCGCGCCUCCCACCUCCCAGGCGCCGCCGACCCAGCCGCGCCACCGGGAGAGGGGCCCACUUCGUCGCGCUCCCACAUCCGCGCCCUCGCCGAUCGAUUCCGCAAGCCCGGCGCCGAGGACCUCUGGAACGAGGACGACGGGCCGCUCCGCCGCGCCAAGGGGCCGUCCACUGGGAUCCCACCUGGUGGCCAGCAGCAGCAGCAAUUGGACUCUGGGAAACCCCGCGGAGGAGCGAAUUGGAAGGAUUGGGAUGAUAUGGCUCCGGAGCAACCCAAGCCUCGGAUGGAGGCUGGAGCCAGGGGAAAGGGCCCGAGCUUGGCCGCGUUCAAUUCCAAGAGGGAGUACCGAACAGUUGCCCCCUUUUGGUCGCAUUGGAGUUCGCCUUCUCUCGGUUUCUUUGGUCCCAAGAGGUGUUAUUCGGUGACGUCUCCAUGCACGAUGAGUUGGCACUUGGGUGUUGAGCUAAGGCCAUUGGGUGUUGCCGGCCUUGCUAAGGCCGGGAAUGGAAGAGAAGAGGCGGCAUUGGCACUGUUUAAUCAGGAGAGAUUGUACUCGGUGGCUGCGAGGCGCUUUGGCAGGAAAUGGAGACCGGAUUCAUCAGAUGAGGAUGAGAAGGGUACAUCUAAACCCAAGAGGAAUCUGAGGUUUGGAAAGUUUGGAGCGUCCAGCGAAGAGGAUUCAGAAAUUGAUGAAUCUGGGGACACAAGUACCAUCAGGAGGAGAUGGAGCAGUGCUGCUCUCAGGAACUGCGAUAUGAAGAAGGAAAGGCGGGUGCUCAAGUCUUAUGAGGAGGAAAACAAUGAUCUCGCAGGUAGAAUCCGAGAGCUGCGGGAGGAGAUCAAAAAUAGGGAGGUUCUGGGUACUGAGAGGAGGCGUUACGAGUCCAAGGGCGAAUCUCUGCUUACCAGUAAAAGAUUUGAUGAAUGUGGUAUCUCUCCUAUGACGGUCCAAGCGCUUACUGAUGCUGGGUAUGUACAGACAACUGUGGUGCAAGAAGCAGCUCUUCCUAUAUGUCUUGACGGUAAAGAUGUUCUUGUCAAGGCCAAAACUGGAACAGGCAAAAGUGCAGCUUUUCUGCUUCCUGCAAUUGAAUCAGUCUUGAAUGCUAUGAAGAACAAUACAAAUCAUCGAGUAUCUCCAAUAUUUGCUCUUGUCCUCUGCCCUACAAGAGAGCUUGCUAUCCAGCUUACAGCCGAAGCAAAUGUCUUGUUGAAGUACCAUAAAGGAAUUGGUGUUCAAUCUCUUAUUGGCGGCACUAGAUUUAAGCUUGAUCAGAAACGUUUAGAAUCUGAUCCAUGCCAGAUUUUAGUUGCAACACCUGGUAGACUGCUGGAUCACAUUGAAAACAAAUCAUCAUUCUCUGUCCGCUUGAUGGGAUUGAAAUUGCUUGUGUUGGAUGAAGCUGAUCAUUUGCUAGAUUUGGGUUUCCGUAAAGAUAUAGAAAAGAUUGCUGAUAGCUUGCCACGUCAAAGGCAAACAUUGCUCUUUUCAGCUACUAUUCCAAAAGAGGUUCGAAGGGUUUCACAGCUAGUAUUAAAGAGGGACCACGUUUUUGUGGAUACAGUGGGCCUGGGAGCUGUUGAAACCCCAACUAAGGUUCAGCAGUCGUGUCUUGUGGUACCACAUGAGCUGCAUUUUCAUAUGGUUCAUCACCUACUUCGAGAGCAUAUUGAUCGUGAAGUUGAUUACAAGGUUAUUGUUUUCUGCACAACAGCCAUGGUGACUGAAUUUAUGUAUAUCAUGCUUCGUGAUUUGAAGUUAAAUGUCAGGGAAAUUCACUCAAGAAAACCUCAGCUUUAUAGAACUCGCAUAUCUGAAGAGUUCCGGGACUCUAAUCGCUUAAUUCUUGUAACAUCAGAUGUUUCUACUCGUGGGGUGAAUUAUCCAGAUGUCACCCUUGUGAUUCAGGUUGGUGCUCCUCCUGAUAGAGAGCAUUAUAUCCAUCGACUUGGAAGGACUGGAAGGGAAGGUAAAUCUGGUGAAGGAAUUAUUUUGCUUGCGCCAUGGGAAGAGUAUUUCAUGAAUGAGAUAGGUGAUCUUCCAAUUGAGAAGUAUCCAGCACCAGACAUUGAUCAGGAGAUGAAACAGAAGGUUGAUGAUUCGAUAAAAAUCGUUGACAUGAGCAUCAAAGAAGCAGCGUACCAUGCGUGGCUUGGGUACUACAACUCAAUCGCUGACAUCGGUAGAGACAAAACCAUGCUUGCUGACCUAGCAAACCGGUUUGGUGCUUCGAUCGGUUUGGAGAAACCACCAGCGCUAUACCGGAAAACCGCCCUGAAAAUGGGGCUGAAGGAUGUCCCUGGGAUUCGAAUAAGGAAAUAACCUGUUCCUCUGUUGAGCGCAGCACGUAUUUCUUUCUGUAUUCCCGUAGCUUUUAUCCUAGUCUACAAAUUUGACUCUCAUGGAUGUGUAGUAUAUGCUGUUUUUUUUUUCACCGAAGUGACAUUUGUGCACUGAGCUUCCUGUUGGGCGCUAUACCGUUUGAAUAAAACGGGUCUAGUGGCAUUAUGUAUAUCAGUCGGCGUUCUAGUCUUGUGGCAUUAUGUAUAUAGUCCAGUGUGAAUGUGAAAGCAUGUAGACUAUCAGAGAGGAGGAUGUAUCGUUUUCCAUUUC